UCACUUACACUUGAUGUUUAAUUCCAGUUUCUUUUAUUAGCCUGUAAAGCUGUCUUUUGUUCCCUAUAGUCGCCGCCUUUUCCAUCUCUUUUGCUUUCGUUGCCCACCACUGCUCACGGUCGUUCCUUAGACUUUUGGUUAACCUAUAUUUGAUUCGCUUUCGCUCAUCAUCGUGUUCAGAGCCUGAUUGGAUGAGUUUACGAGAACCCAUCAGUGCAUUAGACCUUAAAGGAAUCCAUUGGUUUUUUGUAACCCUUUGGUUUAAAUCACUAAUAGAUGUCACUGUUGUUUCCACAGGUGUUUGUAUAUCUUUCCAAGCAACAUCUGGGUCAGCCUCGUGUUCAGAACUACCUAAGUGUAACCUCAGUUGUUCCUGGAAUCUACUUUCGGCUUUCUCGUCACUCAAUUCAAUUCUAAUGAGUCUUUUUAAUGUGGCUUUUCUUCGACCAGUGAGGUGAAAGUAGAUGCGUGCCCGUAUUAAGGCAUGGUCGGAAUCCAAGCAGGCAUUCCACAACGAGUUAUAAUCUUCUAUUGAGCAUCUCUAUUGAAGACUGAUGGCAAUAUGGUCUAUUUGAGCCCAUUGUUGGCUUGGUGCAGGGGGUCGCUAUGUUAUUAUCUAAAUACUUUUUCAAAUGGGUGUUAUGAUUUAGUUAUCAGGAUAUCUUUCGUGUUACCUAAAUGAAAGUUACAUUGUAAAUAUAUACUACCUCCAAAUUCAUGUUACAAUUUACAAGGAAACUUGUAGACAUGUUACAUAAUUCAGUACUAUCUGACGGCUCUUUCAUUUAUUUAUUUUAACAUUCCAGACUUUUACUCAUUAGCUUAAACUAAUGCAAAUAGCUUUGUUAGGUGAUUUCAAUACAACGUUAUUUCUAGCAGGCUUAUUGUUUGAUCCCUGCCGGGAAAUCAGGUUGAUAUUUUUCAUUUUUAGUCAGCUACUUUAAGCUCCACUUGUCUCCAUUUCUCUUUUAUUGUGAAACUCAAAUUAUUUUACGUAUAUUAUUUUCGAAAUUCCAUAGAAAGUGUUCCGGGUAGUUAUACCAAUCGAGCGAGGUUUAGUUUUUGAACGAAUCGCAAUUGAAACUUGGUCUCUUUUUCAACAAGCAAAUUCAAUGACAUUUCCAAUUUGUACAGAAAGUAAUCACGCUCCAUUUAAAGAUCAGAUUGACGAUGAGACCGUAAUGUUUGAUCUGGACAUGAGCGUGGAUACUUUGCCUGAUACACCCCUAAAGAAUGAUGAUGGUGACUCGGACACACAAAAGACUCGGACGAAUCAGUCCAGUAAUUCUCUUUCCGCGACUCCUUCGAGACGUGAAAGUAAAAUGAAGUCAGAUAUGUCUCGUUCUACUUCCAUCUCAGGACUUACUGAUAAUGUUAACUUGGAGGACAUUUAUGAGUACGACUGGGCUGAUAGUGAUUCUGAAUCACCUGGUGGAAAACAUGAAAAGGAGUCAUACAUAGUUCAAGAAGUUCUUGCUGACUUUUUAAAGGUUAAAUCUUUUAAACGCAAGUACCCUGAUCUAUCUAGGCGCGCUAUGGAUGCUUAUGAACGAUCGUGGUUGCAACAAGAGGGGAUUGUUCCCGUUGGUCGUGCAGACCUUGGUCUCACAGCACUCAAAACUGAUGAUGUUAUGAAGCUUUUGCAACAGGAUUACCCAGAGAUACACAUUGCUCUCACGGAUUUGUUUCGUCGACGAAAAUUUAAAACGGCUGUCGAGAAUCAAAAGCGUCAGUAUGAAGCUGCUCGUAUUGAACGUGGAGAGGCUCGAGCUGAAGCAGCUCGCAGACGAGCGUUAGAUUCUGCUGCCGAUUACAAUCAUCGCUUGAUUACCGAACGUAUGAGUUCAAGACGUUGUUAUUGGGAUUUACAGACAAUGCAAAUUCACAUUCCCCAGAGAAUUUAUAAGUUAUUAGAAUACCCAACUUUUCCGAAUGGUGCAUAUCCUGUGGCAGUCAUACCUGGACAGUUUGCAGAAUAUUUUAUGAGCUAUACUCCUGAACAGUUAUCAUACCUUCCAUUAUCACGUGUUUUAUAUCCACAUCCACUACGAAAACAUAGAAAUCCACCUCCUCUCCCCACAACACUUCGAUUUGGUUCGAUUAAGCCGAAAGUCAAUCCACCUACUAUGACCUCUUGUGAUUUCGGUGAUCAAAAUUCAUUUGGUUUAGACCAUUCUAGAUCUAUUGACUCUUUAAACCAUCAAACCACAAGCUCGAUGGAAGGUCUUCGGACUAGAUAUGCAAACGGAUCACUAUUAUCAAGUGGUGUUGCUAAUUCAAACAUGUUAGUUGGUGAUAAAUCAUCGGUUUCUGAUGUAGAAACAGAUAAAAUCAGUAAUUCGAUCUAUCGACGAUAUAAAACAAAUACAGAGAUAAAUACAGAAAAUCCUAUUUGUGUUGUAUGUGGCCAAUUAGCUAUGAAUUAUAUACGUUGUUCCGAGUGUAAAUUAAUUGGUCAUCCAAAAUGUUUGGAUAUACCUGAUUCUAUGCUAUCAGGUGUGAAAAGCUAUGAUUGGACAUGUUUAGAGUGUAAACGGUGUGUGGAAUGUAAUGAUUCAGGUCAAGAAGAUCAAAUGAUGUUUUGCGAUCGUUGUGAUAGGGGUUAUCAUGCAUUUUGUGUUGGUUUAGGACGAAUUCCCAAUGGAAAUUGGGAAUGUUUAUUAUGUGAAUCAUUGCCAACUCCGCCUAGGAAAGGACGUCCUAGAAAAAAUAGACCUAAAGACUCGGAUGAUUUACCAUGGGGUUAUAGUGUGAAGAAACCACGUAAAUCAAUAUUGAAGCGGAAAAUUUGUCAAACACCAGGUGUCAAUGAUACCAAAGACACAUCUUUAGCAUAUAGUUCUUAUCCAUACGGUAGCGUCCAACCAAUAGUCCCUGGUGCUGAAUUAGUACCUAAACGACGUCGAGGCCGUCCUCCGACAAAAAAUCGCGUUAUUGUAUCUCUUCCACCCCCGUCUUCUCCAUAUUUUUCGAAUCCAACCAACUUUAGUCCUACUCGUUCAGAUGUUUCUAUACCCCUACCAACCUCUCCACCUACACCAUUAUCGAUCAAAGUGUCUAUGAUUGAAAGUGAACCUUCAGGACUAUGUCCAGUUAACGCCAUUUCAACUAAAAUAGAAUCCUUUGUUGCGGAAAAAGUUGAUAUUUCUGAAAAGUCUGAACAUUUAAAACCGGAUAACAAUGAUAGUAUUAUUAAUAAUAGUAGUACGGUCGAUCAAACUGAAAAUGACAUUGUGAAACAUGUUGAUGAAAUGCAGAUUCCUUCUUCAACAAAUUCAUCUGAAUCAAAUAAUAUUGAAAAUUGAUUAUUCAUUUAAACUGUUAACCAUCUUUUACCCUCCAGACUUUGUAUAUUUAUCCAUUGUACUUAAAAAUCCCUAGUUUCAGUUUUAAUAACUAGUUUAAGUUAUCUUUCUUUCCAUGUAUUUGUAAUAAUGAAAUUUAUAUUAUAUAUUUCAAAUAUGUUUGAAUUUCUGAAAUAUAUUUAUUGUUAUAA